AUGAUAAUUUCUUGGAGAGUGAAGUUCCCUGGAGCUGCGAUUGGCAUUCUUGCUUCAUUUGCAAGAAGACUGCAACGUUCAAUUGCUUAUGUUGUCCAAAUGCUGUAUGCGGAAGGAGUAAUAGACUUGAAUGAGCCGAAGGUAAACCUCAGCCUUCAAGACUCCUACGAGUUUCUGUUCAAGUGUUAUUGGGAAUUUAUUAAAGAGAAAGAAGGUAUAACUUCAGAACAUGUCAAGUAUGCAAAUUAUCUCUUGAAUGGGAAUAGGAAUUAUGACUCUAAUUUAAGUGAUAAUUAUGUUGAAGAAGGAGAAGGACUUAGUGAUUUUGAGGAUCAACUUACCAUGACUUAUAGAUUGAAUGAUGUGAAAGAGCAUAAACCAAGUCACAGUAGAAAGAGAAGCAAGGGAAAGCCAUAUAUAGCAAAAAGAAAGGAAAGAUCAAAGACUAAGAUGUUCCUUGGCUGGGGAUCAAAAUGCCUUUUUGAAUUCCUUACAUCCAUUGGUCAGGAAACAAACAAAGAAUUAUCACAACAUGAUGUGACCAUUAUUAUUUUUGGGUAUUGCAGAGAUAACAACCUUCUUGACCCACUGAAGAGAAAAAAUAUUCUUUGUGAUGAAAAACUACGCUCCCUUCUGGGAAGGAAGUUUGUCAAUAAGAAUAGCAUAUAUAAGCUAUUGACAAAACAUUUUGCCGAGAAUUUGGAAGAGUCAUGGAAUGAGUUUGUAAACAGCUUAGAAGCAGAGGGUCAGAAUGCAUUAUCACCUUGUAAAAGGCAGAAAAACUCAAGUUGGGAAGGAAAGUCUCAGAAUAAGGAAGUAGUUUCAGAUAUGCAACGCAGCUGUUUUGCUUCUGUCAUACCUAGGAAUAUCAAACUUGUCUAUCUGCGGAGGAGUGCACUUGAGGAGCUGUCAAAGCAGCCAGAGAUCUUUGAUGCUAUUGUAAUGGGUAGUUUUGUGAGAGCGAAAACUGAUCCUAAUGAUUGGAUGCAGAAAAACUCUCAUCAGCUCGUGCAAGUGAUAGGUAAUGAUCCCACUUGCAUUUUUUGA